GAAGCCCGAUUGGCUGGAGCCCGGUUUCGCAACCGCGCAGGCGAAAGAGCGAGGAAAAGCAGGGAGGAAGCGGCGGCGGCAGUUCCUACGGAGGGAAAGGUUCACUUACUAUUAAUCCCCGUGAAUUCCGGAAGCAUCCUGGAAAUCCAGAGCACCUCAGUUUCUCUUAGAAAUCCUACUGUUGGUUUAAAGAAGAGCCUGUCCAAAUGAGCAAGACAUCACAGGAGAACACGACUGCAGAGACCAACGGCGUGAGUGUCAUCUUCACCCAGGCGCACACCAGUGGGUUGCAGCAGGUCCCUCAGCUGGUGCCCGUCAGUCCCGGAGGUGGAGGCAAGGCUUCACCUCCCAGCAAGCAGGGCAAGAAGGGUUCCGCCAUUGAUCGGGGCAGCGAUGAGUACCGCCAGCGCAGGGAGCGCAACAACAUAGCGGUGAAGAAGAGCCGCCUGAAGAGCAAGCAGAAGGCCCAAGACACCCUGCAGAGGGUCAACCAGCUCAAAGAAGAAAAUGAACGCUUGGAGGCCAAAAUCAAGCUCCUGACGAAGGAGUUGAGCGUCCUCAAAGACUUGUUUCUUGAACACGCUCACAACUUCACAGACAGUGUGCCGCCUCUUGGCACGGAAAGCCCCGUCACAAACUCAGAUGGCUCUGGGCAGUAGAUACACUCCUUCCACCUCAUGGACAGAAUGGUAUGGAAACGGCGUCCUAUAUGCAAGUCAAACGCAGCCGGAGAGAAGAUCACUUCCCAACUUUGUAACAAUGGUCAUUUGGUGUGCGUGCGUGGGUUUUUAAAAAUUGUAGGCUUAACACUGAAGGGUUGAUGAUGCAGGUAAACUGCACGGCAGGCUUUUUCUUUCCAAGGAUUUGUUUUGAACUGUGUGUUAAUGCAUUUUCUAGUCUGGCAUUUUUGACUUAAGACAGAUGUUUGGACAAGCAUCCCCAUCACUUUUUUUUUUGUCAAUAAAGCAAGGGAUGCACCAUUGUACUUAAAUGUCUUCCUGAUUUGAUAAGAUGUGGAAAUAAGGCAGCGAUAACAUUGCUUUCAGGAUAAACACUUUAAAAUACAGUGGGCCCUUGGUAUCUGCUGGGAUUUGGUUCUGGGACCUCCAGGGGAACCCCAAAUCUGGGGAUGCUCAAGUUCCACAAUAUCAAAUGGUGUAGUAAAAUGGUGUCCCUUAUAUAAAAAGGUAAAAAAUCAAGGUUUACCCUUGCAAAUUUGUUUUUGGACAUAUUUUCAAGCUAUGGAUACUGAGAGGUGCACGAUAGCCAAAGGUGCCGUAAUAAAGAGAGUUGCUGGUAUGAAAGUAGCAUAAAAAUUAUGAUAAGUUUUCAAGCUGAUUAACAUAAAGGGUUGAGCGGGUAAUAGCCUUAAGUUAACAAUUAAAUUGUCACAGGAUUCUUCAGCAGUUAGCAAACAGCAAUGUAGUGGUAGUUGGUUUUAAAAAACUAUUAUUUUUAUAUUUUUAUUUCCUCACCUGUUUUGUUGUUGCGAGAUCUGUUGCGAUAACUCACUUUGAAAUUUAGGAAGGAAUCUUUUAAGACUCAAAACACAGUUUUUAGCAAUGCAUAGAGGAGCAUUAUGCUCAGUAACAGUGCCUGAGAGAUAGUGAGGAUUUGACAUGGUUUGGGUUGCUGCAUUGUCUAGGUCUGCUCAGAAGUUAGUGUGGCCCAGGGCCUGAGGAAAAUGCAUCCAUAAAUUCCCCCAAACAUGGAAGUUGCCUGAGUUCCCAGCAGUGGUCUCACCUGGCUGCACCCUAUGUACCAUUUAAAUGACCACUGAAGUCUGGACAUAGGCUUUAUUGUGGGAAAUGUUCUUGACUUCUUCAGCUGCUACUGCCAAAUAAAUGCAGCUGAGAUGUCCCAAACAGUUGCUCGUGAGGCUGCCACUCUUUUAAGUCAGUGGUUCUCAAUCUGUGGGUCCCCAGAUGUUUUGUCCCUCAAUAAUAAUAAUAAUAAUAAUAAUAAUAAUAAUACUUUAUUUGUACCCCGCUACCAUCUCCCCAAGGGACUCGGUGCAGCUUACAUGAGGCCAAGCCUGCGGUACAUCAGUAAACCAAAGGCAAUAACAAAAUAAUCAAUACAAAACAGUAAAAUAAAUCUCAUAAACAAAAAAUAAACAAUAACAAUAACACACAAGCAUUUAAAAACCUAAAAAGCUGGUAAACUGGCUGGGAUUUCUGGGAGUUGUAGGCCAAAACAACUGGGGACCCACCAGUUGAGUACUACUACUUUAAGUGGAUCCUGCUGGGAUAUUUGGUGGUGAUGUUGUCAGCUCUGGAAAUGGGUUUAAAGUGCCUCCAUCCAUAAAUUUAUUGGGAGACUUUGUGUGCAUUGCUUUACUUGAGGCCAAUGCCUGAUGGCAUGCAUGGGUGAAAAGUAUUUUCACAGCUGAUGGAGAGAUGGAACAGAAGGGCAGCUUCACGACAAAGGGCUAUAAAGCAGUGGUUCUCGACCUGUGGAUUCCCAGAUGUUUUGGCCUUCAACUCCCAGAAAUCCCAAUAGCUGAUAAAUUGGCUGCGGUUUCUGGGAGUUGUAGGCCAAAACAUCUGGGGACCCACAUGUCGAGAACAACUUCUAUAAAGAGAGGCUGCUAUAAACACAGGUAGGCCUCCCUGCAAUGACUUUUACACCCUUAAUGCUGUAAUUAUGUGUUGGAGCCACAUUGUUGUCAAGAUGACAGUAAAAGGCAUGUCUGGGUGUUUACUGCAUGCCCCCUCCAGCCAUCCAAACGAGCUGUGUUGUUUUAUGUAUUGUCGAAGGCUUUCAUGGCUGGAAUCACUAGGUUGUUGUAGGUUUUUUCGGGAUAUAGGGCCAUUUUCUAGAGCAGUGAUGGGCAACCUUUUGAGCUUGGUGUGUCAAAAUUUGCCAAAAACUUGACCAUAACUUGGGUGGGGUGUCAACUUCGAGAAAAAAAUAAAUGUAAAUUUGCAAUAUUUAUAGUUUAAAUAAGAAAAAUGUAUAUUCCAUGCUGAGUUAUGGAGUGAACAAUGCUCAAACAUGCAGAUGUUAAAUUUGUAGAGCCUUUUACAAAUUUAAGGAUGGAAUUAGAUUGGCUCUUAUAAGGUGUACUUCUCUGUAUGCGGCCACAUGUGGCCGCGUGUCAUCAAAAAUAGCCAUGUGUGUCAGUGCUGACACGUGUGUCAUAGGUUCACCAUCACAGUUCUAGAGGCAUUCUCUCCUUACGUUUUGCCUGCAUCUAUUGCAAGCAUCCUCACUACCUCUGAGGACGCUUGCCAUAGAUGCAGGCGAAACGUCAGGAGAGAAUGCCUCUAGAACAGGGGUCCUCAAACUGUUUAUACAGAGGGCCAGGUCACAGUCCCGUAAACUGUUGGAGAGCCGGAUUAUAAUUUGAAAAAAAAACAUGAAUGAAUUCCUAUACGCACUGCACAUAUCUUAUUUGUAGUGCAAAAAACACUUUUUUUUUGGUCGUGUCAGGAGUGACUUGAGAAACUGCAAGUCGCUUCUGGUGUGAGAAUUGGCCGCCUGCAAGGACGUUGCCCAGGGGACGCCCAAAUGAUUUGAUGUUUUUAUCAUCCUUGUGGGAAGCUUCUAUCAUAUCCCCGCGUGAGGAGCUGGAGCUGAUAGAGGGGGCUCAUCCGCCUCUCCACGGAUUUGAACCUGCGACCUGUCAGUCUUCAGUCCUGCCGGAACAGGGGUUUAACCCACUGCGCCACUGGGGGCUCCUAAAAACACCUAAAACAAUACAAUAAUUAAAAUGAAGAACAAUUUUAACAAAUAUAAACUUAUUAGUAUUUUAAUGGGAAGUGUGAUCCGGCUUUUGGCUGAUAAGAUAGGAUUGUUGUUGUUGUUGUUGUUGUGUGCUUUCAAGUCGUUUCAGACUUAGGUUGACCCUGAACGAGAGCCGGGUAAAUGACCUUGGAGGGCCGCAUCUGGCCCCCGGGCCUUAGUUUGAGGACCCCUGCUCUAGAACAUGGCCUUGGCCUCUUGUAAGCCGCACCGAGUCCUUCGGGAGAUGUUAGCGGGGUAUAAAUAAAGGAUUAUUAUUAUUAUUAUUAUUAUUAUUAUUAUUAUUAUUAUUAUUAUUAUUAUAGCCCAAAAAACCUACAACAACCCUGUGUUGCUUUAUCUUGCAGUUUACAAAAAUCCAAAGUAAGUUGGUGUGUUCUUUUCAAAAAGCAAUCCUCCAGAUUUGAAUAAACAAAACCAGUUCUUGCCUCUUUUGACAUUCCUCUGGAGAAACAAGGUAGCUCUGCGAUAUUUUUCAAAUGCUGGUGACAAGCCCCUUUAUACGUACUUGGUGGGGUGGUAUAGGGAACUGAACCAACAGGGAAGUCAUACUCACUUUAAUUUAUUUUCUUUCAGAAUAUUUUUCAUAAUAGUAUGUUUGCAUAUGACUGACUGGAUUAGUGAAAAUGACUUUUAUACCUCCUUGCAGUCAUUGUGUUUGUAUAUGUAUUUAGAAAGAUUGGGUCAAGAACUUGGCAACAGUGAUAGAAAAUAAUUAAAAAUACCUUACAAAA